CCGUGUCCUUAUUUGUAGAGGAGGCGCCGGGGGUGGCAAACUGGAGCACGCAGCAUCACUUUCAGGCCAUCCGAGCGAGCGAGCACCACAACCCCUCUAAGGCCAAAUUUCACCACCACUCAGGGGCUCGCUGUCUGCAUUUCUCCUUUUCUCUCUCGACUGGCAGCAGCUGCACUUAAGUGGUGAAAAUGAGCGACGACGCUGGCCAGCCCUUGGUGGAAUUCAAGGUUUGGGACUGCGCCAGGCAGAGGUCGGAAAACAUCGCAGCCACCUCGCUCAACGACCUGAUCAUUAGAGCUUCGGAGGCGCUAGGCAUGCCGGUGGCUCGCGUGUGUCUGGAGCAAGAUGGCACCGAGGUAGACGAGGAGGAGUACUUCAAUAUGCUGGAAAAGGACACACCGCUGAUGGCUCUGGAAGAGGGCGACCGUUGGAUGCCCUUCUCGGCUAAGUACCAACUGGUGAUGGACAAGGAGAGGGGCGUUUGCGAGCGCAGCAGCAUCUUUAUGGACGACGUCGAAAUCCUCGGCAACAUGGACCCCGACUUCUUCAAUGACAUAGUGCCCGACAAAUUGUUCUUGGAGGUGGUGCGCGACUCGUGCCGCUCAAGCGCGCCCGUGCAAAACGCAGCUCAACAGCGCGAGGCCGUCAACUAAAAUUGCACUUUGCACCCCUCUCAUGUGAUAAAAACGAAAUCAGCACACCCACACUCGCACACGUACACUCGAGCGCAAUUUUUUACACAUUUCACACACCACCGGCACAACAGGCGCAAAAGGGUCUCACGAGAGCAGACGGAGCGAACGGAAAUAAUGAGAUUAAAUUAGAGUCGAUAUACCUACUACCGCCGAAGUGCACGCGGCGAGCAAACGUUUUUUAUCGCGUCUCUUUUAACAAAACAACCACAACAUGCUGUAUGUAUAACUGAAUAGAAUAAUAUACCCAGCGUUUAUAUCGAGUUUUACAAAAAAUACACACACAUUGACACACGCAAACAGAAAAAUGCUCACUAAAGUAGCUUCUGUACAGCUGCAACCAACAGAGAGCGGCCAUAGAAUACCAUUUUAUCCGCAACAAAAAACGAGAUGUCUCUCAGCUCUGACUGAGUCGGUGUACAGAAAAAAGGGAAUAGUGUAUUGGGGUGUUCGCGACAAAAUUUUAGAAUACUUCCCGCAUCAACAAUAUUUUAGCAUUUUCCAGAUGGAAUAGGCGGUGGCAGAUUUUUACUCUAUCAUGUCUGAGAAGCCAAAUGAGAUUUCAAAAUUCACGCUAAAAUAUCUGCCUUGUACAGUAUGUGAAUCCCAUAGUUGUACGAGAUCUAUUAAAAUAGCUUAAUACAAAAAAUAUUUGAAACCCUUCCUAGUGUGAAAUUCUAUUUACUGUCUGUUUUAAGAGAUGGGAUUAGCUGUUCCAAAAGAGAGACUUCAGAAAGUGG